GAUGCAAAGAUCCGGAAGAGAUUCGCAGCUGACUUUUACGCGGAGCAGACGACACUGAACAGGGGCGUAGGCCUAGUACGUGUACAUGUACGUACGUAUCAAAAGCCGUGGGAAAAAUUGAAAUCGUCUAAACGAAGACUAAAGGAAAGUUGUUUUCAGUUUCUGCAGAUAAUUAUCAAUCAUGAAUGUUGAGCAUGAAGUCAAGAUGCUGAUAGAGGAGAUUAAACGGCUUGGAUCACCAGGACCUGAUAGCAAGACGGUGGUGACAUUUGGAGUGCUAUUCAAUGACGACCGAUGUGCCAAUAUCUUUGAGGCCCUGGUGGGCACUCUGAGAGCGGCCAAACGCAAGAAGGUCAUCAGCUACGACGGGGAACUCUUACUGCAAGGAGUCCAUGAUAACGUGGCAAUCACACUACUCAAGGAGGAGAUCUGAGAUGGUACUACAUAGAAGAUUAAGUUCACUUUGGAGGUCUUGGCAGAACAUAUGAGCUGAUUACAACUACAGUAGAACUCUACUACAUUACAUAUAUCUAUGAACUCCUGUCGCUAGGAGUUCCUACAAACUUCCAUUACACAAGAUUUCUCAAAGGGCCUGAAAAACUACACAAGCUACUACUAGCUACUUUUCCUGGGUUGGGUCACAUAUUUAAUGUCUACUGAACAUUGCAAUCCUCAAUUACUUCACUGACUGCGGUUUGCAUCUGACUGUAUUUACUUCCGAGUUGUAGUUUUGUUGCAAGCCUAAGACAGUUGUUGCAACAUCAUUCAGAUACCCUGGGAGUAAGUUUUAUUAUGCUCCACCAGUGAAGCUGGAGGGGCUUUGCUACAUUUGCUUUGUCCUUUUGUGUGUUUGACAUAUCAACUUCAGACUGAGUAUUUACAUUGGUUUUGGUGUUCUGCAAAAGCCACUUGAUUUUGGACCCAAUAGGUCAAGGUCAGUAUGGUUAAAAUAGGACCGGUUUUCCCGCCAUAACUCAAGAAGAACAAGAAGGGCAUAUCAGCUUCCAACUUUCUUUGUUAGUCUCGGUGCCUUUCGGAGGGCCAUCAAUUUUAGACUUUAUAGAUUAAAGGUCAAGGUCAGUUUAGUUAAAGCAAUUGAAUAAUUUUCCCAUGAAGGCAGUUUUCUUUGGUCACGAAUCUAAGUUAUGCUGCAUGCUCUUGGUGGGGUAAUUUCUUCUUCUUUUUUUGUUUGGUUUAUUGGUAGAUUUUAGCACAUGAAUUUCCAGAGCAGUAUCUCUGCUGAACAGCUCUGUAAAGUUAGGCCCAGUGGGAAGAGGAUUGUAAGUUGAGAUGCCCUGCUGCCAAAUUUCAUAAAGCUACAAGCUGCCCCCCCUACUGCUUCCUAUGAUAUGGCAUUCGAAAACAUGGUAGGUAGCUAGGAAAUUCCCCCCCCCUUGUUUCCCCAGCUGAUUUGUCUCAAAUGAAAUGAACACUUUAAAGGGUACUAGUUGCAUGCAUAAAUAUGUCCAAGGAACAUUAUGCGCCACAUAAAAACAAUAUCUGAUGCAUUUUUCUAUCUUUAUUUCCAAUUUCAUGCCAUCAAAAUAGGGUCAGUCAGCAAACUGGAAGCAUAACACUUCUAGGGGCCUAAGCAAAAUAAGCCAUUUAGCCCUGAGCAAAUUUUUAUGCUUCAUAGAAAUCAGCUGAGAGCAAGUCAGAAAAAUGCAGGAUAGCUAGGCUGAUAACUUGUUCCCCUGAGCAUGUUUUUAGCCUUCAGUGAGUUUUGGUACCAAGCAGGUCUGUCAAAAUAACUUGUAUCUGGCAGCUGCAUGAUUAACAGUAACGCGCGCAAGGAUUAAACUUUGCAAAAUUCAGCUUUGUUAAUGCACAAAAUGAUGUUUUGGGGUAAGGGUGGACUCAGUCAAAAAGAAUGAACAAUGCUCUUGUCUGGCUAUUGGCAUUUUAGUGCAAAUCAUGUCGAUAUGUGUUCAUUAGUUCAGUAAUUGAACGAUUCUAUCACCAGAAGGCAUCCUGAGUGGUCAGUAAUCAUACGCCCAAAUUAGGUCAGGUCUACAACCACAGCCACGGGAUAUACUGUAGUAUUUGUUUGAAAUCGAAGGAAUCACUGGCAAUUUUAAUUCAGGGAAACGAAGCAAUUGCACAAAUUUGCAGAAAUUGGGUGACUUCGGUGACUUCAUUUCAAUAACAACUCUAGUCAGAGACAAUGCCUAGUAACAUGUGUGCAAGCCAAUGUGUGCAUGGAAAUUGGCUAUUUUCAGAUGCCAACAUGGGUCUCACUCACGGUUUCAGAGAUACGUUGUGGUUAAGUAAAAUACCUGCAUCUUAUAAGCAAUCAUGUACUUAGUUCAAUUAGUACUACAUUUGAUAUUUUAUCAAGUUUCAAUAUUUAUAGCUAUAUUUAUGACAUAUACACGUAUGUAAGAGCUGUUGUGCGUUACAAAUCUAUAAAGGGCAAACAAAAUCUCAAACAGCUGGAACAGCUAGAUUUGUGGCAUCAAACCAAGCAAAAGUAUGAUGCACCUGCACAUACUAGGUCAAUAUAUGUUAUCUUUGGUUUGGUGGGGCAGUAAAAUUACAUUUUGCUUGUACGAUUUCCACUUGAAGUUACCCCUUCAACAUUCCGUGUGACAUCAUACAUGUAAGUAUGCAUCACUUAAAUUACAUGUACACCUUGGUAGUUUGCUGCACGGAGGAUUUAUAUAUAGUUGAAUCACAAAAGAUGAAAAAAAAUCUCUAUACAUGUUGCAUACAUUGCGAGCACUUUUUACAUGUUCUGAAGUCAGACCAAAUAAAAGUACCAAUGAUGAUUAAAUUUGUUGCGAUUUUGUCA